UACUAAAUCCUUUCAAGAAUUAAAAAAUCAAUUUCCUGAACUCCAAAUCCAUAAAGCAAUCACUUCCAAUGACGAGAAUUUAAAAAGAGCAAUACAACAAAUUUUCCCUGAGUCUUCACCAUUAUAUAUUACAGCUGUUUCGGAAAAUGAAAACUUUUGAAUUAGUCGGAUAUUUUAGAAACGACGAUAAUGACAUCAAGAAUACUUUAUUUUUUAUUUUGGCACUGCCAUUAUUACCGGCUCGACUAAUUCCAGAGGCUUUUAACAGAAUAAGAGAUAAUGCCAAUUUAAAUGUACAUCCUAACCUCGAACGUUUUCUCACUUACUUUGAAAGAAACUGGUUGCAAGAACCCAAUACAUUUUCAGUAUUCCAAGAAACUGUACGUAUAACGGACAAUUUUCAAACGUACGCAAGCAGAUUGAAAUCAAACGUCGGUGAAGAAAUCGAAGUUUGGAAGUUCACAAAAUUGAUGGUUGCUUUGCAGUCCCGCAUUUACACAGAUCACGAGCGUAUUGUAGGUGGUCAAUUAGGAAAAGGAGUCAAAUCAUCCAAAAUUUAUUCAAAAACAAAAUUGAAAGAAUUAAAAACCUAUUGGGCUGAUUUAGCUGAUGAAAAAAUCACAAUUUUAGAAUUUUUACAAUUGAUGAGUUAUAAUAUAAUUGAAAAAAGGAUUGAAUUCUUGAAAUUUUAUUGUCGUACAGAAGAAAAUGAAUAUUUUUUAGAACAAGAAGUAGAAGAAGAAGAAGAAGAAGAAGAAGAAGAAGAAGGAGGAGGAGGAGGAGGAGGAGAGGAAGAAGUAGAAGUAGAAGAAAUUGUUGAAAUUGAAAAUGAACUUGAAGAAGGAAUUAACAUCGUGCAAGUGCCACCCGAAAAUAUAAAUAUUGCCGAACCGGAAAAUAUGAACCAAGGAGCAGAAAAUUUAAGAAUUGGAAGUCCCAUAUGCUGCGUUUGUAAAGUAAAUCAAUCGACACACACUUUCGUCCCCUGUGGACAUGUUUGUGUGUGUGAUGACUGUAAAACAGAUUAUGAAGAAAACAAUAUAGAAAAUCGUAGUCUUCAAUUAUGCCCCUUGUGCAGAAUAGAGUACAUAAUGAUUAUGAGAAUAUAUUAAAUAUAUUUUUACUUGCGGCUACACAAAAACUUUUUAACCUUCAAAGCAGGGUGCCCUUUAUAUUUAUUAUUUUUUUUCAAGAAUUUUUAUUUUUCAAACUAUUAAUUGGAGAAAAAAACUUUGUCAUUAAAAAAUUAUAGGGAAAACAUUGAAAUUUGAUAGCCUUUCGCCUGAUACGGAAAUGUUUAUAAAAAUAAACAAUAUUAAUGAAAAUAUUGCACAAGAAUACAUAAAUAGUGAUGUACAUUUAUAAUUUUCAAGUAAUAAUUGGUUUGUAUUGGUGAUUUGAGUCAAUCGAUAGUAUGAUAUUUAAAAAUUCUUGAAAAAAAGUGACAAAAUUCUUUAUUUGCAAAUAUCUUGAAAAUAAUUGUAAAUUUUGCAAAACAUUUUGAAAUACUUACUAAUAUGUAAAAUGAAAGUCAAAUUGUACAAAACUAAAUCUUUUAAAAUUGAUUAAAAUAAGUAUUAAAUAUAUUUUUUGUUCUGUAUAAAUUGAAAUGAAAAAUAUUUAAUUUAAAUUUACGUCAAAAAGGUUGAACAUCCUUAAAUUAAUUAUAGAAAUUAAUAUUGUGCAAGUGCCACCCGAAAAUAUAAAUAUUGCCGAACCGUAAAAUAUGAACCAAGGAGCAGAAAAUUUAAGAAUUGGAAGUCUCAUAUGCUGCGUUUGUAAAGUAAAUCAAUCGACACACACUUUCGUCCCCUGUGGACAUGUUUGUGUGUGUGAUGACUGUGAAACAGAUUAUGAAGAAAACAAUAUAGAAAAUCGUAGUCUUCAAGUAUGCCCCUUGUGCAGAAUAGAGUACAUAAUGAUUAUGAGAAUAUAUUAAAUAUAUUUUUACUUGCGGCUACACAAAAAUUUUUUAACCUUCAAAGCAGGGUGCCCUUUAUAUUUAUUAUUUUUUUUCAAGAAUUUUUAUUUUUCAAACUAUUAAUUGGAGAAAAAAACUUUGUCAUUAAAAAAUUAUAGGGAAAACAUUGAAAUUUGAUAGCCUUUCGCCUGAUACGGAAAUGUUUAUAAAAAUAAACAAUAUUAAUGAAAAUAUUGCACAAGAAUACAUAAAUAGUGAUGUACAUUUAUAAUUUUCAAGUAAUAAUUGGUUUGUAUUGGUGAUUUGAGUCAAUCGAUAGUAUGAUAUUUAAAAAUUCUUGAAAAAAAGUGACAAAAUUCUUUAUUUGCAAAUAUCUUGAAAAUAAUUGUAAAUUUUGCAAAACAUUUUGAAAUACUUACUAAUAUGUAAAAUGAAAGUCAAAUUGUACAAAACUAAAUCUUUUAAAAUUGAUUAAAAUAAGUAUUAAAUAUAUUUUUUGUUCUGUAUAAA